AUGACGACUACGUACACAGACACCGCAUCGGUGUUUUCCACGUCUAUCAGUGACAUAUUAACGACAUCGUAUGAUGAGGGACCAUCGGACGUCAAUGGUCUCCACGACCUCCAAGAUUCCAACUCGGCAUCGAUGACAAUGCACGUGUCAUCGACGCAGAGCCCAGCCAUCUUGACCAAGGACAACGCGGGCAAGGUCCAAACCUACGUCAUCGUCGCUGUCGGCUUGCUCUUCAAUUCCAUGGCCCUGGUCGUGUACACGAAGGCCGGAUGCAACCGACGACGGACUACGCCUGUCAUGCUCAUCACCACGCUCGCCUGGACGGACUGCCUGGCUAUCUUGUCGUACAUCGGCCGCUCUGGCCUCAAACCUCUCCUUCGCGACGAAAAGCCGCAAGUCUACUGCAACAUCUUCGGGUUCAUCACGAACUUCUUCCCCUUCGCCUCCGGUUUCGUCGUCAUGCUCAUGUCCGUAGAGCGUUACACGGCGCUGGUUAGGCCGUAUAGGUACCACCGGAGGUUUACCAAGUACCGAACCACGGGGGCCGUUCUUUUCUUGGUCUGUGCCGCAGCUCUCAUUGGGGCGCUCCCGUUUUUCGGCGUUGGAUCCUAUCAAAGGGUACCUUUCCACGGUAAGCUGACGUGCAAGUUAUUCUGGAAGCCCGGUGAGUCGUUCCAGAGCAACAUACAAUUCGCCAUCUACGUCAUGAGUGGGUGGGGCUUGUUGCUAACGGUGGUGGUCUGCAACGUGAGCGUGGUUCUAGAACUCAUCAAAAUGCGACGAAAGAUCACCGUCAUGUACCCGGGACUUCAGGGGUACACCGGGAUGGAGGUCAAGUUUGUGAAAACGACCCUUCUCGUCACCGUCCUCUUCAUAACGUGUUGGCUGCCGUGGAUGGUUAGACUUUGUGGCCCCAAUUCACAAAGGAGGUUUGUCGACAAACCUAGAAUCUCAUUUUGUCUCUACCAUGGCGACUUUAGAAACAACAAGCCGCCUUCCUGUACCCGAAGUCUUCAUCACAAUGUGAGCUUGAUUGAACAAGACGCGUGUCCUUACCUUAAAUUUGUUGCCAUGACAACAGCAUCUCUUGAUGACCAGUAUCGUUGA